ACGGGGAUGGUCAUCCAAAUUUUAGUGCGGCCACCACCACCGGGCGCGGCCGGCCCGUCUCAGGCCCUGGUCAGCUGUCUUCCGCUCACGCCAUCCGGCCUCUGUGUAUGCCACCUUCUUGUCCCCUUCCUCCUCCCUCCUCCCUCCUCCCUCUUCCUUCCUGCCUCGCUCCUCCCCCGCCCCCCUCCCGCAUCCACUCCUCCCGAUUCCCCGAGCCCAGAGCACCAGGCUCUGUAUCCUUCAAAGAAGAAGGACCAUGAAUCUGCCGAAGGGGCACAUGUCGGACCCCCUGCCCCAUGGUGGCCCGUGCUGGCCGGCCGCCGGGUCCCUUGUCGAAGCUUACAGCGAGGCAUCCGGCAACUUCCUCCUGUCAAUGGUGAUCCUGGCACCAAGCUCGGGGGAUGGGCAGGUUUUGGUGCACCCACUUUUCACCCCGCACUUGGCCUUCACGCCGGCGGGCAAUUUGCGGUCCAUCUCCCCGGAGCGCGCUCUCUUUGCCCUCUACCAGCACAGCCUGCUGGCUGGGCGCUUCCACAGCCCCGGGCUGCCGCCGGUUUCGCCGAUCGUGGCCCCGCCGCCGCAGUCCCUGCCAUCGCCGGGGCCCCGGCACCAGCACCCGCAGUGUUCGACGCCGAUGGACGUCUUUGCGGCCUCCCUGGCGGAGCCGCUGCGCCUGUACGCCCCCUGGACCGACAACUUCUUCCACCCGGCCACCCUCGUGGGCAGCCUGCCGAAUGGCCUGGUUGAGGUUGUCUUUGACUCGGCUGCCUCGCAGCCGCAUGCCAUCAAGCCGGAGUUCCUGCACCUGCGCUGCUUCUAUCCCCCUCCCCACCAUCAUGUCAUGGCUUCGCCUGUGGACCCGCGCCUGGUGGCGCACCACCCGUCGAUUGCUCCGAUUCCCGGGCGCCCCUUGAUGUUCUACGGGACCGGCCCGGGGCUGGCUCCGCAGCCGGAGGGCAUGCCUCCAAGCAUGGGGGUCACGCCGGGAUGGCCUGCCUGUGAGGAGUAUUUCAGCCCGGCGGCCGAGCUGACCCCCAGCCCGGCGGCCAGCCCGAUGGGCCUUCCUGCGGUCGACCCCCCGGCCGGCCGGGUGGCCAGCCCGAUGGCCAACCACCCGACAGCCAGCUCGGCAGCUGGCCAGGCGGGCCGUCCUGUGGCCAGUCCGGCGGCCGGCCCGGCAGCCGGCCGGCCGGUGACCACGCGACCUAUCCACGGGGCGAAGGUCCCCGGGAAGGACCAAUCGACCGGCCCUUCGAGGGCAACCCCGUCGCCGUUCAAAAGCCCGAAGCACGCCAGCGGCCCCUUCUCGACGCCGCCUCCGCCUCCUUCGAAGUCGGUGACACUGCUCAGGCGCCUGGACAAGGGCGACCUCGCCACCGGGGGGCCCACCUCCCCCAAGCUCAAGGACUUGCGCUCCACUUCCAAGGCAGCUGGUGCCUCGACCCGGGGCAAGUCCGCCGACGCCCACUCGCACCCCUCGAUGUCGGCUGGUGCUGCCGAUGCUCCAAGCCCAAAGCCCGGCAAGUCGACCAUGAAGGCACCCCACCGGAAGGAUCACACAGGCCCCAAGGCCGGGCGCGACCCCGUGGCCCCGAAGGACCGCGAGGAUCUUCCCGGUGUCGACGGCAUCCCGGCUGGCAAGGAGGACCCCCCGAGCGCCAAGGACCGGGGGGAUGGCGGAGCCUACCCGGUGCCGGCCUCCGUGGUCCCCGCCUCGGACUGCCCGGAGACCCCCUCGCCGGGACUCGACUGGUCGAAGGUGUCUGACAAGAAGAAGAACAAGAAGCCCAAGAAGAAGCCGGCCAGCUCGCAACAGCUGCCCACCCCCCUGGACGACUCAUCCGGGACAACCUCCCAUCCGGCUCCCGGGUCGGCUUCGGAUCCGCCCGUGGCCUCGACCCUGGCCGACGAUUCGACCCCUGGCUCGGGUUGCACCUCGUCCCCCGGGUCGGGCUCCGGUUCGGCCUUCUCGCCUCGGCCGCCGCGAGUUCCCUCUCGGUCGACCACUUGGAUUCUGCAUCCACUGGCGACGGAGCAUUCCUCCUCGGAGGACAUCCUCCGACUGUUUGCCCCCUUCCAGGGGGUAACCGUUGAUGGCAUCUCGGCGCAAGCCGAUGGCACACGCUAUUCACAUGUAACUCUUCCCCCGACUGUGACCCUCUCGCGGGCCAACCGCCACCUCCAGUCGGUUCAGGCAUCGUCCGGCUCCCCUCCGACCAUGCUCCACCGCCGGCUGGCGGUCCUCCCGGCCUCGACGACCAUCACCUAGACUGCCCGCCCCUGCUGUGGAAGUCUCCGCCCCUCCCGCCAUUCGAAGCGCGCCCCUUUCCCACUCCCCCUCUCAGGGGAUCAGGCCUGCCCGGUUGCACAGAGCCCAUAGUGUCCCCCCCCCCC